CAAUCUGGAUACGUCCUUCCGUCACUGGAGGUCUGCGGGGUCCUGAUCGAGUGGGCGGAGCUAGUGUGUCUCGCGCUCUGAUUGCGUUUUCUCCGCGGAGGGAGCGCGCACGCACUGAGAUCACAUCCUCGCGAUGCAGCUGCCAACGAUUCGAGCGCACUAGUUCAUAACUCAACUCAGAUUUACGACACGUACGCGACCAUUUCAGGACUAUAAUACUGUACAGUCUACACUCGUUUUGAUUUUAUAUCACAUACGCAGGAUUUCUUCCCGUCAUUUGUCAUCAUGGAAUGCGGUUUCACUUAGAAAAUCCUUCUCCUUGGUGGGCUCGCGCAUAUUUGUCUUGGCUCUCGUGUUGGAUCCCAUUGAGAUUUCGUGUACGAAACCGAGCGCAAUGUGGGCCAGAAAUGAUUUCGAGGAAGGAUUCGACGCGUAUAAGAUAGGUUCGAGCACAUCCUCUCCUGGAUGGGUCCCAGGCUGUGACUCGGCAUGGCAAGCGUCCUCUACUUCUGCUGGCAUUAGCAGCCGCGGGCGACGUCACAGCGCCGCCUCGGACAGUGGCGACACGGGCAUUGGCACAUCCUGUUCUGACAGUGUAGAAGAUCACUCCAGCUCCAGCGGCACGCUGUCCUUCCAGCCUCUGCGUGCUCAAGGUUCGAUCCCAACGGCCCACGUCAUGCCAUCACCCUCCAGCUCCAAGCUCAGCACACCUUCUGCCCCCACAAGCCCCUGGAGCAGCUGCCAACUCCCUUCUCCCCUCGACACCCCCCUGGACAUGAAAGACCCCCGGCCGGUCCGUCGCUGGUCCUCCCUCACUCGACUCACGGGCCAGGAAAAGGCCACCCCUUCCGGGAGGCCGCCGUGCCGCGUGGACCCCCACGGGUCAUUGGAUCGCGGCUUGCUGUAUGGCUACCGUCAGGACCCGCUGUAUUCAGACAGCUUUCUCUCCCAGGGCCUACACAAGCUAUCCACCAACUCAGACUUUUCAAAUAAGUAUGACCUGGGCAGCACUAACACCUUGGGUAAAACGGACUCAUCCUGCUCUUCUCCGCUUAAGCCCAGCACGUUAGACCUCACCUACAGUGCCUUACCGGAGAGCAAGACCCCUACCGUCAGUUUGGUGGGGCCCGGGCAGAGAAGUCCAUCACUCAGGCACCAAGCCGUGGGAGGAUCGCCCAUCCAACCGGCCGUACGGACUCAGAUGUGGUUGAGCGAGCAAAUGGAGUACCGGCCGGGACCGGAGGGAUGUGGGAUCGGCACGUGGCAACAAGAACAGCAGCAGAGAGAGAGGUUACGGCAGGACGCAGAGCUCCCGCAGACGCUGAGUGGAACAUCUUUACCUGUCAAUACUCUAGUAAAAAUUAAGGAGGGACUCCUGAGACAGAGAGAACUGGAGAUCGACCGACAAAAGCAACAAAUCCUUCAGCUUCAUGCAAGGAUCAGAGAAAAUGAAAUACGGGCGCAACAAGUCCUCCAGAACCAGAGAGGGCGCUAUGAUGAUUCAUAUCUGCUCAAAGCCAAGGACUCUCCGUACGACAGUCCCGUAUCCAGCCAGAGUCCGAAAUCUCAAUUGGUCGAGCGGAUCAGUCCCAUGUGCUGUGAGAACGGCGAUCUGGGCCGUAAGUUAGCCGCGGCAGAACUGGAGGUCAUUCACGUUAGCGAAUUUCUCAAACAGAACACACAGAAGUACACUGAAGAUAUCAAGAAACUGGAGGAGAAGAUGAAAACCCGCGACCGCUACAUCAGCAGUCUGAAGAAGAAGUGCCAGCGCGAGCAGGAGCAGAAUCAAGAGAAGCAACAGCGCAUCGAGACGCUGGAGAAAUACCUGGCAGAUCUUCCCUCGCUGGAUGAGGUCCAGACGCAGGCUCAGCAGUUGGAGGAGGUGCAGGGAAAGGCUUGGACGUUGGAGGACACCAUCGCCCAACUGGAGAAGAACCUGGAGGAGAACAGAGUCCUUAUGGAAGAUAAAGACGCCCUUAUAGAGACCCAGUCCAAGAGGGAGAAAGAGCUCGUGGCUGCUGUUCAAAGCCUACAAGAAAAGGUGGAGAAAUGUCUGGAGGACGGAGUACGGCUGCCCAUGCUGGACCUGAAACAGCUGGAGAGAGAAAACACACGCUUACUACAACAACAGAGUCAAAACAGCAUGCUGAUUGACAAUCAGAAGCAGCAGAUUGACAAGCUGACUCUGGAGGUGUCGUCGCUGGAGAAGAGGUUGCAGAGGGAGAGAGGGAUAACGCAAGAACUCAGAAAACAGCUCGUUGAACGCGAGGAGGAGCUCGAAAACCUCUCCGUGAGUCCUCAGCAGGACCGAAGGCGGUCAGAUGAGGAUUUGGUGAAUGUGGCCCCAGGGUCCUGUCUGAAGGAGGCCGGUGCCCUGUUAAAGGAGAUGUCCCUGUGUCUGCUGGAUCUCAAGGGCCUCUGUAGUGUCCUCAGCCAAAGAGCUCAAGGAAAAGAGCCCAACCUGGCCCUGCUUCUCGGAAUCAAAUCUAUGAGCUGCUCGGCAGAAGAGAACGAGAAGCCUUUGAUGGAGGAUGGCCUGCGGGCGAAGCUGGUGGAGGUGUGCCAGCUGAGGAAAGACAUCGAUGAGCUGCGGACGGUGAUCUCGGACCGUUACGCACAGGACAUGGGCGACAACUGUGUGACACAAUGAUAAUGGAUGAGAAGGCUGGAUUUAUGGAAAGACUCAAUUCUCAUGCAGCUCGUAAAGGGAAAAUAAUAAUAAUAAAGUUGGCAUAAUGAAUAUAAGUUUUAGGUCUUUGGCUGGACCAAGCUGUGAAUCCAGUUUACAAGGAUGUAUCGUGUUAUAUUUAUUACUGUGUUGGAGGCCACAUUGUAUUAAGGCCGCAAGUUCCUCACACUGUGUGCUUGUAUGUAAGAGUUUAAUGGUAUGAUUUGUCUUCGAGGGAAUGUGUUGUUUAAAGUGCCUUAUGUUUUCUGACUAUAUGAUCUCCUGUGUACCUCCAAACUUGUCAUUUAUACCCAAAGAAGCUGGCACAUCCUCACCCCAACAUGUCGCAGGUCGACAUUUCCAAGCAUCUUACAUUUUAUCUGAAUGUUGUGCAUCUGAAGUUUGUUUGUUGGUACUUUAACUUAUCGAUGCAGAUAUGAGCAAUUUGGGCUUCCAUAAAAGUGUUUCACUUAAUAAUAUAAGACAGCAGAGGAAUUCAGGUUAAUGUAUUCAGGACACCAUUUAACAUUUUUAAGUAGAUUGCAAUGUUUUUUUUUUAAACGCUGCAGCACUGUUCACAAGUUGCACGCAUCCAAAGUAAAAGAUACAAGAGGAAACGUUCUGCAAAUAUUUCGUUUGACCUCCUGAACGCUUAUUCAAGACUCAUUUCAUAUAGAUCAGAUAUAAUACUUAUGUAAAAAACAAUGCAAACUUACUCACUCAGGUAUUUUAAGAUUUUUGUUGAAAUUUUGGAUUUUAACUCUUUGAGAGCUGUGUGGUCUUAAGUGUCAAUUUCAAGUUGACCCAAGCAGAAUUUUUAAUUCUGUAACGUUAAAGUCCAUCGGUCAUGUCAACUUUUGCACAUGCUUUAUACACACCAAGGUGACUGACAAAUGUCUGAUAUAUACAAACAUCUAUAUUAAUUCUGCUUAUGCAUCAUGACUAUAACGUAUUUAAAAUAUUUAGCAUGGGGGGUUUUGUCAUAAUGUGCUCAUAUCUUGUGCAUGUGUAUAGAUUGUCUUUUAUGUAUUUAAGACAUUAGGAAUAAAUAGUACUGGGUACUGGGCUAUGCAACAACCUCAAGUUAACCAGCAUUACACAUUUUUCCAGAUAUUAUUGUAGUAAAUCUGUGCCUUUAUGAAUCUAUGCAGCAGUGAUGUUUUCAUUGACAUUUUCCAUAACUUAUUUCAUAAAGGUGCAGUUAAGCUAAGCCAUAUUCUCAAGCAAUGCAUAUUUAUUCUCAGGCGGCGAGAUGCUAAUAUCCUGACAGAGAAUGUGUGUGUAUCUGAUAGCAUGUGGACGUAUGUUUGUGUUGCGUACUAUUACAAAAUAAAUCACGUGCAUGGAUUGACAUGACCGAGUUACUGUGGACUGAAAGCCGCCGGUUGGCUUUGCAGCGCGUGUUAAAUUCAACGUCUUUUAAAGUUUUUAAGCUUUUUGUUUUCCAGCUAGAUUUUACAAAUGCCAAAGUUCUAUUUAUGUACAAUUUCUUAAAAGUAUUUUUCCAUUUUGUAAAAUGCAUUUGUACAAAUGUCAAAUAAAGUAUUUUUCUACUA